AUGCCCAGCCGAGUAUCGUCUGCUUCAGUUGAGCUCAAGACCAUGAGCAAGGAUACCAAACCUGUCCAGAACGAACUACACCCUGGGGAGACUCUCCUGUGGGCCCAGUCUCUGGAAAACCUGCUCAGAUCGAAGUAUGGUAUGGCAACAUUCCAAGCCUUCCUGAAGUCAGAGUUCAGUGAUGAGAACAUUGAAUUCUGGCUGAUAUGUGAAGACUACAAAAAAAUCAAGAGUACCUCAAGGAUGAAUUCUCGAGCCAAGAAGAUUUUUGAGCGCUACAUUCAAGUGGAAGCUCCAAAAGAGAUCAACAUUGACCAUAGGACCAGAGAACUCAUUAAAGAGAACGUGAAGGCCCCCACUCGGGUUUGUUUUGACGAAGCUCAGAAGAUUGUGUAUGGACUUAUGGAGAAGGAUUCCUACCCCAGGUUCCUCAGGUCCGACAUCUACAAUGCUCUCUUGGCAUCUGCCUCAGAUCUUAUCAAAGUCUGAAAUCCAAGUGUUUUAUCUUUUGGAAGAAAUCAAGUGAUCGCAAAUCUCCAUAAAUUGCUCGGCAAGCACCAGAGUUUGACAGAGGGAAGCUGAGGAUUUUCUGCUGUAUAAUGAAAACUCCACAGCCACAGCUAAUCUUGGAAGCUCUGUGGUGGACUGAAUUUGAGAAAAUGGCACCUUUGUAGUGAUAUAAGCUGUCUGUGGAAUUAUUAAGUCUGCUGUCCAUGUUGAUUUUCUCACAAUGCUGACAUACUGAUUUGGAUGAGGAGCGAACAUAUACAGCCAAAAGACAUUUAGCCAUGGCUCACAGAGUAGUCUGUGUCAAGCUAUUCGCAACUUUUCCUGCAAACUCUCUUGAGAACUUCGGUGUGGUCGUGUUUUUGUAUCACAUCUGCUCUUAAGGCCACAGCUGGACAUUGUCAUUGGUUUAGGUCCCUGAGCGCAAUGACAUCAUAAUGCAAAAACACUGGAUUAAUCUUUUGAUAAAACAGGAUGUCUCUGGCCCAUAGGUACCCAAAUUCAGUUCUGGACGGCCAAACUCCUGCUGCUUUUUGUUUUUGACUGUAAAUUACAUUCUGAUUUUACCUGGAAAACAAGUGUGUUCACUCUCCAGCCAGAGAUCAUUUGGAAUUGACAAGAAAACCAGCAGAACUUUGGCCCUGCAGG